UCUGCUCCCUCCCUCUGACCUCUCAACCCGGGAGGCGGAGUCAGUGUCGCGGCGUAGCCCGGGCCGGGAGGGCGGAGGAGCGGCGGAGUGCUGCCGAGCCGAGGGGUACGGCUGGUCGGUGCUGAGGCGCUCCAGCGGCGGCUUGCUGAGGUUUCAAUGCCAGAAGAACAAAACCAAGCUGUAAUGGCAGUUGAUGAACUUCAAGCCAUAAUACAAAGAUGUCAAAUUCUGGAAGAAGCUGAUUUCAAAGGGGAAGAUUUUAAUCUGUUUCUGGUAGCAGGUCAGAAAUGUUUAGAAGAUGGGUAUGCAGCUCAGUUAUUAGAAGUAAUUCAGAAUGAGAAAAACAAGGUUAUCAUCAAGAAUAUGGGUUGGAAUCUCAUCUCUCCUCUUGUUAGAUGUAUUUUCUUGUAUGAACAGGAGGAUGAUAAGAGAGAACACUGCCUGAAAAUACUGGAUCAGUUGGCACAGCUAUGCAAUCCAAAGGAACUUUUUUUGGGUUUACUUGAGCAGAUUGAGCAAACCUCUGGAGAGCAGGUGUGCCAAACUGUCUUGUUACUGCUUCAGCCUUUGCAGACAGUGCUUUUGAAACUUCAGAACAAGAAAGCCUACUCAGUGGGUUUAUCUUUGGCCAUGAUUAUGAAUCAGCUUACUCCCUUACCUGUACCUUACACAAAAGAACAAAUACAAGAAGACCAAUUUGGUCUGUGUCGAUGUUGUAGUGCAGUAGUUGACUUUGCUAAACCUUUUGUGAAUGAAGUUGUUAAAAACAUGGAAAAGUUACCAGAGUACAAUGACAUGGAGCUGAAAGAAGAAUUAGUAAAAUUCUGUAUGAAAAGUCUGAAAUACCCAUUAUUGACAGCUCAUCUUGAACAGCUUGAAGGUAUUGAAGAACAUCCCUUCAGACGUUUUGCAGCUGAAAUCAUAGACAUUUUGUGGGAUACGAGAGAAUUGAUGCCACUAGUGUUUAUGCAUCGUAAAGGCAAGAGCUCACACUGGGAGAAUCAGGAGUUUGCAGACAUAGAGCAACAAAAUGUUGCAGACUCUUUGGCAUGUCUUUCGUAUCUGAUGUUUGUUCACCAUUUUGGCACAGACAGCUUUCCAGUGGUAUUUAGUCCAUCAUACCUUCUGCAAUGCAAUAUGACACAUAUUGAAGUACUACUAAAAAGAACAGAAGAAUCUGUGUUAUCUAAAGGAAUUGAUCUGUUUGAGAGCUGUUUAUUGAGAAUGGAAGAUAAUAGUCUUCUUCACCAGUACUUAGAAUUGAGAGACUUUAUUAACGUACCUCAGGAUCUGGUGAAAGUUAUGACCCUUUGUCCUAUAGAGCAUAUGAGACAGAAGAGUUUAAGUAUUCUGCAGAUGUUCAUAGACAAGUUUGACGCGGAGGGGAAAUACACAUUGUUCAAGUGUUUACUGAAGACAAGCAACCAUGCUGGUGUGGAAGGAUACAUUAUUAAAAACAUAAAAGAUCAGAUUCACUUAUCAUUAACGAAGGAGUGUGACAACAUUUGGUUUACAGGACAUCACCUGAUCUCCCUUCUAGAUUUAGUGCUUUCACUUCCAGAAGGUGCUGAGACAGAUCUUCUGCAAAACUCAGACAGGAUUAUGGCAUCACUAAAUCUGCUCAGAUACUUGGUCAUUAAGGAUUGUGAAAGUGAUAAUCAGACUGGUGUAUGGCCCAUGCUUGCCAAGAUUGAGCAAAACUUUUUAAAACCAUUGCAUGUAGGACUCAAUAUGUCAAAAGCACACUAUGAAGCAGAAAUCAAGAGUAAGAAAGAAAACAGAAAAGAGGCAAGCAAUUCAAACACAAUUUGUUCUCUUACUGUUAGUGGGGAAAAGAUGCCUGCCAUGACUACAGAAAUGCAGCUGCAGGUUUUACACUCUGCUCUCUUCACAUUUGAUUUAAUAGAAAGUGUUCUAGCUCGAGUAGAAGAACUCAUUGAAAUGAAAACAAAAGCUGCAAUGAAUGAAGAUAGUUAGGUCAGCUGAAAUACUUGAAUUAACAUGCUUCUUAGUUCAUUUUGACUAUGAAACUUGAAGAUGAGGCUGCCAACCUUUAAAAGAAAAGAGAUUUAGAGUGGCCUCUGGAAGAAUUGCAAGUGCUGCUCGUCCUAGGUCUUGUUGCUGUUACUAUUUAUUUUCUUUUGCUAUUGUUGUAUGUGAUUCACAAGUUUAGAAAUGGAAAAUUUGAGUGGGGUUUGUUGUUCUGCUGAGGCAAGGAGGUAUCAUUGUGCAUUUAUUUUUUAGGUAAUUUUAAAGAUUUGUUAGGUAGUGGCUGCCUGGUGUUAUGAAAUUGCAAAUAUUUUUUUAAAUGACGGGAGAACAAGUAAUUAAAAAGCACUGUUUAUGCACAAGGUAUUUUUAUUAGCAGUUUUUUAUGUUGACAAACAAGCUUCUGUAUUUGCAAGCAAGACUUUGAGGUGUAAAUAGAUAACAGUAGAAACAUUAUGGCAAAGGAAACCAGGUUUAAAGAAAACCACAUAAUCUUGGAGCUAAGUAAGAUACUAACAAUAAGACAUCAGAGAACACUUGUGUUUAACAAACACACUGUAAGAUUUAGUAUGUACACCUGUAUUUUUGAAUUGAUUCAAACAUCUUUAAUGGUAAAGUUUUACUUAAGAUACAUUAAAAUAUUUUCGGAAACUAUAA